UGGUUGAUCCUCCGGCGUUGAUAUACAUGGGCAAGAAUAUGGAGGAAAACGAAGAUUUGAUUAAAUAUGGGUGGGAAGAUGAUGUUUGGUAUGACUAUCAUUUGUUCCAUGUUCAUCCACAUUCAAGCGCACAUGUGUAUCUUCGACUUCAACCCGGACAAUCUUGGGAAAAUAUUCCCCAAAAACUUUUGGAAGAUUUAGGUCAAUUGGCUAAAGAUAACAGUAUUAAGGGGUGCAAGGAGAAUAACGUUACAAUUUUAUACACUCCAUGGUCAAAUCUGUUGAAAACUAAUGAUAUGGCCACCGGAGAAGUUUCUUUUCGUGAUCAAAAUAAGGAACAAGAAGAGCUUCGUUUGGAGCAAGAUAGGAAAAGUAAGGAAGCACAAAAAUCUUAUGAUUCACUCUUUGAUGAAUCGAAUAUGCGCAGUAAUUACGAUAAUAAUAUCGAUCUGGAAGAUGAUUUUAUGUAA